AUGGCGCUCAGGUUUGUCGGCUGCUUGGUCAUAGCUCUGCUUAUUGGACAUAUUAACGCAUUGACGUGCUACACCUGUACGGGGACGCAGGUUAACGGGGUCUCUCUCUCCGGGUACGACGACUGUCUGGCCGGCCCCUCAUUCUCCUCACUCGGCAACGAAACAUGCGAGGGGGACCAGAUAUGCCAGGCCAACCUGUUGAACCCCGGUCCCGUCGUCUUUCUAAUGUUGAGAGGAUGUGCAGCCGAAGACACAUGUUCCACUAACCAAGCAACAGCAGUCCAGUCGCAGUGCUGUAACGACACCCUGUGCAACAAUGCCAGCUUCGUGCCGACCACGGUACCUCCCACCACCACGGAGACCACUCUAGUGACAACCCCACCCCAACCUACCUUCCUGCCGACCGAACCAGGACCUACCGUAGACACUACGCUCGAACCGACAGGUACAGAUGACGUUGGUACUACAUUCUUAGCCAUGACAGAGCUGUUUACCAUAGAAGCGACCGAACCUACUGACGCCACCGAUAUUGGUACAACACUUCUAUCCAUGACUGAAUAUGACACAACAAUAGACCUACAAACCGAUGUAGCCACCCCACAAGAAACCCUUAUGAUGACAGAGCUGUUUACCACAGAAGCGACCGAACCUACAGACUCCACCGACAUUGGCACAACACUCCUAUCCAUGACUGAAUAUGACACCACAAUAGAUGAACAAACCGAUGGAACUACCCAAUACGAAACCCUAGCGAUGACCGAGUUCUCUACUAUCAUGAUAGAAUCAACCGAAACCACAUCGAACACAGAAGAGUACACAGUCGAAGCGACCGAAACGACGCUCGUCACAGAGGAACUGGACUUAAUGACUACAGACACCGCAGAGCUAGGUCCCACUUUCUUAACCAUAACUGAAUAUGACACCACCAUAGAACAGCAAACCGACGGAGCAACGUCUCUCGAAACAGAAGUGAUGACCGAACUAUCUACCAUGGAAACGUCCGACACUACGCUAGGCACAGAGGAAACAGAACUGACCACAGUUGACGGCACAGAAACGAUGAUUGUCACGGAGCUAGAGGGAACAGACCCGAUGGCUACAGACACCACAGACCUCGGUACUACAAUCUUAGCGAUGACACAAUUCGAUGCCACCACAGAUGAACCAACCACCGAAACCAUUCCAACCGAAACUAUGGUGAUGACAGGGACAGGAGCUACCACAGAGGCGACCGAUAUUGGUACCACACUCUUAUCCGUGACAGAAGAGGACACAACCAUAGACCAACAAACUGAUGUAACCACCCCAUUCGAAACACUAGUGAUGACUGAGCUCUCUACCAUUGAAACGACCGAAACCACGCUCUACACAGAAGACUCCGGAUUCACGACAGAAGAAACCACGCUCUACACAGAAGACCCAAUAUUCACGACAGAAGAAGCCACGCCCAACACAGAAGACUCAGAAUUCACGACAGAAGAAACCACGCUCUACACUGAAGACUCGACAUUCACUACAGAAAAAACCACGCCCAACACUGAAGACUCCGGAUUCACUACAGACGAAACCACGCUCUACACAGAAGACUCCGGAUUCACGUCGGAAGAAACCACGCUCUAUACAGAAGACCCAGCAUUCACGACAGAGGAAACCACGUUAAACACGGAAGACUCAGGAUUCACGACAGACGAAGCCACGCCCAACACUGAAGACCCAGCACUCGCAACAGAAGGAACAGGACUAACAACAACAGGUAUUACCGAUAUCAGUACGCCUGUCUUAAGCAUGACACAGUAUGACACCACCAUUUCAGACGAACAAACAGAACUAGUCACCCUGGUAACAACCCCACCCCGAUCUCCCCUGCCCGAAACCUCACCGACGACCGAAUCAGCAACCAACCCAGAAUCGUCAGAGAUGACGACAGAAGAGUUUUCUGAUCUGACGACAACCCCGCCUGAAAUAACUACAGAUAUCACUGAUACAGCUGGUACUACACUCUUAUCUAUGACACAAUAUGACACCACCCCAAACCAGCAAAGUGAGGACACCACCUCAGCGGAAGGACCGGAGUUGACAACGAUAGAGUUCCGGUCCACGGAACUAUCAAAGACGUCAUCUUUAGAUAUGACGACUACACUCGGGACAGGGGUCACCACAGAAGGACCGACCCAGGCUACACUCGGGACAGGGGUCACCACAGAAGGACCGACCCAGGCUACACUCGGGACAGGGGUCACCACAGAAGGGCCGACCCAGGCUACAGAAGGGACAGGGGUCACCACAGAAGGACCGACCCAGGCUACACUCGGGACAGGGGUCACCACAGAAGGACCGACCCAGGCUACAGAAGGGACAGGGUUCACCACAGAAGGACCGACCCAGGCGACAGGAGGGUCAGGGGAGGGUCAGGGGUCACCACAGAAGGACCGAUCCAGGCUACAGGAGGGUCAGGGGUCACCACAGAAGGACAGACGCAGGCUACAGGAGGGUCAGGGGUCACCACAGAAGGACAGACCCAGGCGACAGGAGGCAACAACAGAUCCGGCUGCCACUGCAUCAUCACAACCACCUGCAGUCAACGGUACAACAGCAGCGGUCGCUGUCAAUACAACAGCCAGUAUCAACCAGCCAGAAGCAGGUGCGAACAUCGGCCUCAUCGUCGGCUGUACCGUGCCCGCCGUGCUGGGUCUUGCCGGGCUUGUAUCUCUCGUCUACUUCCUCCUGAAGCGCAAGAAGAUGGGGAAGGGCAAGAUCCAUCCCGGCGACUCGUACGGCGUCGAUAUCCCAGAAGCCGCACCGGAGAGCUACAAAGCUUUUGACCCGUCCUUCCGCAAUUUCAGCGAGUGA